AUGGAGCCGACUGAAGUGGAGCGCACGAACAUACUUGUAGCAGAGGCGUUAGAAUUCCACCGACAGGAGAUGACGGCCUUGCUUAGCGACUGGCUCUCCAAACUAGAGCUCUCCAUGACAUUCCCAUUGCCAAGCGGUGCCCGGUCUCCCCGUGCCCCCUCCCGAUCGAGGUUUGCGGCCAAGCCACUCAAAACGUCGAAUAGGGUAUUUGGCCUUGAUGAGGAGACUUUCUCGGACCCUGACACUCACUCAAUGCAAGGGUCGGAAAGGAAAGAAGCGAACAACAACACUGAAGGUGGUUUCAAGUUAACGCCCGGUGAGUCGUUGGAAGAUCUGGACACGCCAGGACUAGAACGACUGGGCAGCACCCUCAGCUAUGAAGAGGCCAAGCGCACUGACGUUGCGAUCUCGCGCGCAUGGCUUAUGGGCCUCGGAUCAGGGGGUCUCAGCCCCCCACAAAUAACGCUCGGCUGGUGGAACUCAUUCCACGAGCGAGUGGCAAAACUGAUGGACUCACAAUGGGCCAAUGCAUUUUGGACGAUUGCAAUCCUCACAAAUUCAGUUUACCUUGGCUUCCACCUGCAGUGGACCUCACAGAACAAGGGGGCAGUGCCACACGAAGCCUGGGACACGGUGCAUCUUGCAUACGCCAUUUUGUUUACCGCAGAGGUGGUCUUGCGAGUCAUUGCGGUCGGCUUCGUGACGUACCUGUGUGGAAAGGACUGGAAGUGGAGCUGGCUGGACUUGUUUGUUGUGGUCACCUCAUGGGCUGAAAUCACAGCGGACAGAUUGGCCUCCAACGGUGCCGAGAUGCGUGGGACCAACACAAACUUGCGAAUUAUCAGGGUGCUGCGUUUGGGCCGCCUCGUGCGCGUCGUGCGCGUCGUCCGUGUUGUGCGGCUUUUCCGUGCCUUGCGAACGCUGGUGGCCUCUCUCAUGGGGACGCUCAAGUCACUGUUCUGGUCCUUUUUGCUCCUGUUCCUGGUGAUCUACAUCUUCGGCAUAUUGUUUACAGACGUUGCAGUGGAGUAUGCUUUCGAGCACAACCCACCCGAUGAUGACGUAAUGCAGGUUUACUUUGGCAACCUGUAUCUCUCGAUGAACACGCUUUUCCGGGCCAUCGCAAAUGGUAUUAGCUGGUCGACGGCUGCCGAUUCCUUUCGUCCAGCAGGUUUUGUCUGGGUCCAGUUCUUUCACGCGUACGUGGCCUUCUGCCUGCUCGCACUGCUCAAUGUAAUGACUGGCGUUUUCUGCAACAGCGCUAUCAAAGCCGCAGAGAACGACCACGAUCUGGCAGUGCAGUCACUGGUGCAGACACGCAAGGAAAUGCAAGAGCAGGUGGCGAACCUGUUCCGCACCAUCGACGAGCGUGGCCUGGGCCAGGUGACAAUCUCGGAGUUCGAGCGCAACUUUGACAAAGAUGCCGUCAAGGCGUUCUUCGAAGUCCUGAAGAUCGGCGCGGUGGAUGCCUGGACGUUGUUCUCUAGCUUAGACAAGGACGGCGAUCACACCGUCAGCGUGGACGAAUUUACAGAGCGCUGUUUGCAACUACAUGGUCCUGCAAGCGCUGCCGAUCUCUUUGCCAUGAAGCAGCAAACUGCCAAGCUGUCGAGGCAGCUGCGCCAGAUCGCGGAUCUCCAAGGUCGCCAUCUUCAGCAAGUGGCUAGGCUCAUGUCGACAGUCUUGGUUGCAGACGGUCCUGACGGGAACCAGCCUGCAACAGCUGAGCAGGUCACAUUCAAGUUCUGA